AUGUCUUGCAUUUUUGAGAAAUAUUCAAAACAGAUGCAUAGAAAUAUAUUUUAUUUGGUAUUAAUCCAAGUCUUUCAACUGGUACAGUCUGCUGCUAUAUCAGAAAAUGUAGAGUCAGAGUUGAUGUCUGAUAGCCAACUGGUUGUAUUAGGAAUACUAUCUGUUGUUGUUAUUGUUUGUGUUAGUGUUUAUAUAAUAUUUACAUGUGGGGACUGUUAUAACUCUGAAGUGAGCAGUGAAAAUCAUCCAGCUUGUGCAUCAGGUUCUCAUUCAGGUGCUCAUAAAUGGGGAGGAAGUGAUAUGGGGUAUGCCUCCAAUACAUACGGACAGGCUAUUGACAUUAAUAACCAAGCCCCUGCAUACUCUAUGAUACCUGUACAAGUAAAUGAUGACCCUGGUUUUCAAGGAUAUUCUACAGGUUCUGCGAGUGGACCAGGAGCACAUUAUAAUCCAGUACAAGACUCUCAGGAACCACCACCAGCCUACAGUGAUAUCAGAUAG